AUGCACGCAGUAGAAGAGGGUUGCUGUGUAUUGAUGAAGUCUGUCGUCUUGGAGCAGGAAGGGAUGUUUCUAUAUAAUAUUAAAACCAUCAAAAUACCUGAAGCUUGUCAAAUUACCUUAUACCUAUUCCCAAGCUUCGAAACAACAUGGCUAGGUCCCCCUAAACACUUACUAUUCAAGGUCAGGUCACAUGAUUCAGUGAGGGUUCCUUUCCGCGCUUUUGGUGGUCGUGGGCGUCUCACGCCAAGCCUCGCGUGCCGACCCCUCUGCCCUUCAGCUGCGGCCUCUCCCCAUCUGCCAGGAUCGUGGGAGGGAAUCUAUCGGAGGAGGGCGCAUGGCCUUGGAUCACCAGCUUGCGCACUUCAGGAGCACUUCUGUGAGGAAACCCUGGUCUCCGUCAGGCACGUCGUUACUGCUGCUCAUUGUGUUUACGCUUAUAGGUGGUUCCUAAGCCUUCUACAUGUUGCUGUGAGCAGUGGGAGAAGUGUUGUUGGGGUGUCUGCGGUGGCCAUACAUCCCGAGUAUCGUCGUCGGAAUGUACAUGACUACGACUUGGCUGUUCUGACGUUGAAGGAAGACCUGGUGCUUGGUGCGUCGCUGUCUCCUGUUUGCCUUCCCGCUGCGACCACGGUCUCUCCCGGUCCUGCCACGGUGAUAGGGUGGGGUCGCCUCCAUGAAAAUGGCGCCAUUACUCCUCACCUUCAUGAAGCAACUGUUGCUAUUCUGCCCUUAGACUCCUGUCGCGUGUACGGCGACCUUUUCACCGAUAGCAUGUUAUGCGGCGCAGGAGACGGGCGAGACGCUUGUCAGGGCGAUUCCGGAGGGCCGCUGCUACAGGAGGUUGCCUCUAAGUGGUACCUCGUGGGCGUAAUUAGUUUCGGCAAUGGUUGCGGUCGUCCAGACUAUCCCGGAGUUUACGUUGAUGUGUCGAAAUACACUGAGUGGAUUACUACGAUUUUAGGUCUUUGA